CCAGGGGUCCUUCAGGUAGGAGGUGCGGGGUGACUUUGGACGUCCGCUGUACCUGCUCGCAGAGGCUGCUUGGUGUGCGGCCCCGGCUGUGCUUUCUCUGUGCGUUCUCUGUGCGUCGUAGGCCUCCGCAGCCAACAUGCUCCGCCAGAUCAUCGGUCAGGCCAAGAAGCAUCCCAGCUUGAUACCCCUCUUCAUAUUCAUUGGAGCCGGAGGUACUGGAGCAGCACUGUAUGUGUUGCGUUUGGCAUUGUUCAAUCCAGAUGUCAGUUGGGACAGGAAGAAUAACCCAGAACCCUGGAACAAACUGGGCCCCAAUGACCAAUACAAGUUCUACUCAGUUAACGUGGACUACAGCAAACUGAAGAAAGAAGGUCCGGAAUUCUAAAUGAACCAUUUCACCAUAUAGCUGCUUACAAUGAAGGUCUUUCUGAAGCCAUCCGCACAAUUUUCCACUUAACCAGGAAUAUUUCUCCUCUAGGUGCAUGAAAUCAUGUUGAUUUCCUGGAGUUUAUUACACUGAUGAAUAAACCUCUAAAACUUGA